CGAACGACUACUAUGAGGGCUGGCGGCGUACAGCGUACGGUCGCUGCGACGUUGCUGUUGUUUUCUUGCGUCCUGCCGGGAUGGGCCUCUUCCGGGGAUCGCUCACAGGAAUAUCAAGCUUGCGUUUCUCUGUGCACUUCGGGCAGUUGCGCGACGUAUUCGCCCUCAUUGCUUUCGCGUAUAACGCGGUGGACAUGCGCCGACGAGUGUAAAUAUGCUUGCAUGCAUCAAAUAACGAACCGGGACAUCACGACAAAAGUCAGGCUGCAUCAAUAUUACGGGAAAUGGCCUUUCUGGCGUUUCGCGGGCAUGCAGGAACCUGCAUCCGUUCUAUUCUCGCUCCUCAAUCUCUGGUACCACGUAAAAGGGGCCAGCCGCAUUCGAAGAUAUGUCCCAGAUGGCCAUCCUAUGAAGCGGUAUUAUCUGACAUGGGCUGCUGUGAGCGUUAAUGCCUGGGUCUGGUCGUCCGUAUUCCAUACGCGAGAUCUGCCGACAACAGAGAAACUCGAUUAUUUCUCUGCUGCGCUUGCCAUCCUAUACGCAAUAUACUACACCGUUGUGCGGUUCUUCCACAUCUAUCCUGCGAAGCCAUCGAAUCGCCUGACCCUCACCUCUGGGCGUGGCACAAUAUACUCCAAAACCUAUAUCCUAUGGUCUGCGCUGUGCAUCGCUGUCUAUCUGUCGCAUGUAGGGUACUUGCUCUCGCUGCCCCGCUUCGACUACACGUACAACAUGGUAUUCAAUCUGACCCUGGGUAUCCUCCACAACGUCCUAUGGCUGCUCUACUCAUUGCCAUCGUGGAUACCUGUCCUGAAAAGAUUUCCCCUGCGACCGAGGUCAUACCGACCCGCUUACGCAGGUAAGGCGGCUGCCUUCGUCCUGUUGACGACCCUCGCCACCGCCUUGGAAUUGUUCGACUUUUUCCCGUGGUUCAGAAUAAUUGAUGCGCACUCGCUAUGGCAUUUAUCCACUGCUCCCAUAACGCUGUUCUGGUACGACUUCCUAAUCCAGGACGCCCUCGACGAAGGAUGGCGAGGGAUGAAAGCAUAA